AAUCAUUGUAGCAACUUGCUUGCAACUCAAAUGUGUAUUUGAGUUUCUGCUUACUAUGAUGGGGCUCCGAAUAUUUUAUCUGACGUUGUGUAUAAAGUCUUAUGGCAGAAAUGUAUUAAUGUGGCAUGGAGUUCCUCCAUUAAACUGCCAUGAAGGUCGGGAAAGACUUCUCAAAAACAUUCGGACUAUAAGUAAAUGUUUGGGUGUUAGGGCUGGUGACAAUAACAAGAACUCAUUUGCCAGGCAGUCUAAACCUUCCAAAAAUAAGUUUGACCGGAAUGGAUCUCCUCACUCUAUUACAGUCUUCUCUGCAGGAGCAGCAAAGGCAAGAUCGGAGGGGAUGCAGCACAAAGCAAAAGCCUCCCCUGACUCAGACAAUAUCUCCUCCCAGAAAGAACGGGUACAAAUCCCUUUGGGUCCCUUACACGCCAAAGAGUGGAGCAAACUGAAAGAAGAGUCUGGAAGAAUCCACGGUUUCGAAGAUUAUAUGAUGGCGCAAAUGAUAUCCACAAACAGCAACAUUAAUGUUGCCAAGUCCCUUUUGGUAUUUGCAGCCAAGGAGCAAAGCGGCAUCUCUUACAAACUGCUGCUGAAAUACUUAGCCUUAUGCGUCAGGCAGAACCAGGCUGCUGAAGUGUGUGAUGUUUAUAAUAUAAUGAAAAAUAAAUUCAAGGCAUUUGACACAGGAGCUUAUUCAUUGUUUAUCAAAGGCUUUAGUCUAACCGAUCGCUGGAGAGAUUCAAUAUCAAUGCUGGAAACACUUAAGAAAACUAUUACUCCUUCCCCCAAGAAUUAUGGGUACUGUAUUCAGGGCGCUAUAUAUCACAAAGAUGAUAAGCUGGCAUGGGCUUUGUAUAAUGAAAUGCUUGAAGCUGAUCUCACUCCCUGUGAAGAUGCCAUACAGUCUCUAUUCAAUGCUGACCCUGCCUUACAGGAUGAGACCUUUAGAAAUAAACUCUUUGGUGUCUUUGAUUAUUUCAGAGACCACCAGAUUUAUCCAGGGGAACCUCUAAUGCAAAGUAUAAAGUCUUGGUUUGAAAGUAUCCCAAAUGAAAGCUGGAGGGGCCAUUUAAGUACAGUGUCUGAAAAUGGACACUGCCAGGUUUGUAAACAGCAGCUGGAAUCCAUUCAUUUGAUGCCAGAGGAGUACAGGACUCUUAAAGAUGUCUUUCUUCAAAGCGUUAUUGAAGGCCAUGAUACCUUCCGCAAGACCACUCCACAGGAACUGCAGGAGUUUCGUCAGUUUGUGAGAUCCCAUCCACCAUAUGACAUUGUAGUUGAUGGACUUAACGUGGCUUACAUUACCACUAAAGGCCGUGGCUCUCAGACGCUCCUGGAUAUUGUAAGCGGCCUGUGUUCUGGGGGGAAGCGAGUACUUGUGCUGGGAAGGAAGCACAUGCUGCAAGAAUCCAGAACAUGGCAGAGGCGACACAUGCAGCUGCUGCAGCAAAGGGCCGACUGCUUUUUCAUUGACAAUAUCUCUGAAGAUGACCCCUUCCUGCUCUAUGCUAGCUUAAACUCUGGCAGUCACUGCUGCUUUUUGACCAGGGACCUUAUGCGAGACCACAAAUCCUGUUUGCCCGAUGCCCAAACCAAGCGGCUUUUCUUUAAAUGGCAGAGAGGGCAUCAGCUGGUGCUCCCCUUUUACACACCAGGGAGGAAAGUUCUACUCCAGCCAAUAAUGUGCUAUGACACCAUAGUGCAGAGAACGGACUUCUCUUGGCACAUACCAUAUGAUAAGAUGGGGGUGGACAGAGCUUCUUUUGAGGUGCCCAAGACCUGGUUGUGUUUGCAGAAGAAGCACUAACAAGAUUUCUAGCCCCAGUCUUCACAUAAUGGCAUUUAUAUUUAGUUAAAUACAUGUACUUUCUGCAGUGCUAAAUUUCAUUUACAGUUGGACAAGAUAGAACUAUAUAUUUUGUAUUAUUCACAAAUCUUUAUGUAAAGGUUUCAAAGUCUUCGCAUUUAUUUACUCUGCUUGUUACCCCGCACUAAAGGGCUUUAUGUAGAGGAGUCAUGUAACCCCCUUGCCAUUAGAGCGACAUUUAUGUACUUAAAAAUAUAUGUUUUAAAACUGAAUUCAUUUUUGUAUUACCCUUUCAUAUUUCUCAGCAACAACUUAAGCUGGCCAUAUACGCAUAGAUAUAAUCGUAUGGAUAUUUGGUGCGUGUAUAGUGGAGAUGUCCAAUAUCGCAAGAGCCUUGGAUAUUGGUUGUCUCGAUGGUUGGACGGGACAAAAAACUUUAUUCAGGUGCUGUUGAAGGCGCCCGAACAAAAGCGUGCGAUAGUGGUUGAAAUCCUAUUGUUUCUACCUCCAUAUCUGACAAUUCAGCCCUGAACUUUAGUGGAGGGUACAAAUGAUCUUUUGUAAUUGUAACGUGUAUGGCCACCUUUUAGUAAGCUGUUUUUCUGUUUAAUACAUUAGAUGAUGCAUUGCUUAGCGGCAGCAUCAAGACUCUACUGAGCAUGCUCCCUGAGUUAUCAAUGCAUGUAUUACGAACAGUACAGAUCUUUUAUGGCAGGAAAUUAAACAAAUUGUAUAAAAGCUGUAAAUAAUAUAGAAUGGGAAGUAUAUAGGAGAAGUCUUUAUUUCAGAAAUACUAAUAAAAAGGAAAAAAAAGUGAAGAUGAACUGCCCCUUUUAAGUACUACCAAUGCAUUCAAUACAUUUUCAGUAAAAUGUGCAGUAUGCCUAUGGAUUGUUCUGCUUAGGGAACUGUACUUACUCAUAUAUUUCUAUUUGAGCAUUGUUUCCAUAUUUAGAGAAGAUGAGUCUAAAUCACAGGUUCACUAUAUGCAAAUCAAAACAUACAGUAGACUCAACAGAUCUAUAAAUAAAUGUUUCCAUAUCUUGAUAGAAAUGUAAGAGAUUACUUGGCUUUUAAAUGUCAGUUCAAGCAGGAAGUGUAAAGGCAAUUUAACCUGCCUUUAUUGCUUCCUACAGAACAUAGGCAUAAUAAAUGUGAUCUGAUUGGCAGUAACAGCAGAUGCUAUAUACACUGGGUAAUCUUUCCUAAAUAUAUACACUCAGAUGAUCUUCUGGAAUUGUGCUUAAUAUGGAAGAAUAAAUGUGCUGGCGUAACUGUAUGUCUGCCUGCCCACUUAGCCUGCCAAAAAGAGACCAACUAGAAAGCAUUUUACUCA